UCUUUGACCUUUUUUUUUUUUGUGCCAACCCCAUCCAGUUUGAGUUAUGAGGACUGCCAGGCCACUGCUGACUGGCUGCUGGCGCAGACGGACAUGCGCCCCACGGUGGGCAUCGUGUGCGGCUCAGGCCUCGGAGGGCUGGCCGAUCUGUUAAAGGACCAGGUGGCCUUCAACUACAAGGACAUCCCCAACUUCCCUCAGAGCACCGUGCACGGACAUGCGGGAAGGCUGGUGUUCGGCACCAUGAAGGGAAAACCCUGUGUCUGCAUGCAGGGCCGCUUCCACCUCUACGAAGGCUAUUCGAUCCAGAAGAUCACUCUGCCUAUGCGCAUUUUCAAGCUGCUUGGCGUCCAGACGGUGGUAAUCACCAACGCAGCCGGAGGCCUGAACCAAGACUUCAAAGUGGGCGACAUCAUGAUCAUCAAAGACCACAUCAACCUGCCAGGGUUCGCCGGCAACAAUCCACUGGUUGGACCCAACGAUGAAAGGUUUGGCGUGCGGUUCCCCUGCAUGUCUGACGCCUACGACCGAGACCUGCAGCAGCUGGCCAUGGAAGUAGGACAGGAGCUGGGGUACGGAGACUUCUUGAAGGAGGGAGUGUACUGCGUGCUGAGUGGCCCGUCAUUCGAGACGAUCGCAGAGUGCCGAAUGCUCCACUUGCUAGGCGUUGAUGCGGUUGGUAUGAGCACCGUCCACGAAGUGAUCGUCGCCCGCCACUGCGGCAUGCGUGUGGUCGCCCUGUCUUUGAUCACCAACCUGGCGGUGAUGGACUACGACAGCGAGGAGAAGGCCAACCACGAGGAAGUCCUUCAGACGGGCAAGCAGCGAGCGGAGCAGAUGGAGCGGCUAGUUUCGUCCGUGGUGAACCGGAUUGAGCCCAACAACAAUUACAUCUGAAAGGGGGACACCUGAGGACAUUUAGACCUGGUUGUAGUUGUAGGUCGUCAUCCCAAGGAGAAUACUUCCUGCCCUAAAGUAGACUCCUUUCUUCUUUUUUUUUUUUUUUGUCUUUGUCUGGGAUUUUGUGUAAAUAUGACAAAAACGUAAACGUGUCUCUGAGCCGAUAGGACAUACAUUCCCUUAAAGGGUGGCUCCAUAAUAAGUCACUUCUCGGUUUUGUUUUGUAAUUUUUUUAAAAAGGCAUAUUUGUUCUAACUUAUGCGAUCGUCUUGUAAAAUAACUACAAUUUAACUUAACAAUUAAAUUUUAUGUACCAAUCUUAAUGUAUUUUUUUGGUUGAAACGUGUAUAUUGUUCUAGGUAUUUUACUGCUUGUUUUGUUUUUUCUUUCUUUUAAUGACUGUUGCUACUAAAAGUGCUAUUUAUUAAAAUGUUCAUCUUGUUUAUGUGGUGAGUUGGGGUUUUGAUUGUGGCUACAUCUGUGAAGUAGGAGGAAAGCAAAUGCUCUAAAAAAGAACCCUGUUUUUACUAAAUUACCUGUUUUAUAGUUCUAACGAUCCCUUUGAAAUAAAUGUUAACUGAAGAAA